UAGCAUUAACUGGUCCAACAGCCUGUGUUAAUGUGUAGUCCACGUUAACGUCAGCUUGAGUCAGAUAAUAUUUAACGAUUUAUUCGAAAGAUGCCGUCCCGAGUUGAAGAUUACGAGGUGCUAUACACUAUAGGCUCGGGAUCCUAUGGAAGAUGCCAGAAAAUAAGACGGAAAUCGGAUGAAAAAAUCCUUGUGUGGAAAGAGCUGGACUAUGGCAACAUGGCGGAGAGUGAAAAGCAGAUGCUGGUGUCCGAGGUGAACCUCUUGCGGGAACUCAAGCACCCAAACAUAGUGAGGUACCACGACCGCAUUAUAGACCGGAGUAACGCCACACUGUACAUCGUCAUGGAGUACUGCGAGGGGGGCGACCUUUCCAGUCUCAUCACUCGAUGCAUCAAGGAAAGGCGUUAUUUGGAGGAGCAGUUCAUCCUGCGAGUCAUGGCGCAGCUCACGUUAGCCCUGAAGGAGUGCCACAGACGCAGUGACGGCAGUGCCACAGUCCUUCACCGAGACUUGAAACCAGCCAACAUCUUUCUCGACAUCAAGCAGAAUGUAAAGCUAGGGGACUUUGGCCUAGCAAGGAUCCUGAACCAUGACACCAGUUUUGCAAGAACAUUUGUUGGGACACCUUACUACAUGUCUCCAGAACAAGUAAACCGGAUGUCAUACAACGAGAAGUCAGAUAUUUGGUCACUGGGGUGUUUGCUGUAUGAACUCUGUGCUUUAUCCCCUCCGUUCACUGCUUACAACCAAAGAGAGCUGACAGAGAAGAUCAGAGAAGGGAAGUACAGAAGAAUCCCAUACCGCUACUCUGAGGAACUAAACACCUUACUCAGCAAAAUGCUCAACUUGAAGGACUAUCUGAGGCCCUCUGUGGAGUCAAUCCUACAGAGCAGCCUGUUGGCUGAGGCGGUCUCUGAGGAGCUGAGGAGGGCACAGGCAAGGCUUCGAAGGAGGUCAGCGGAGUCUGACUGUCCCCCUCAAAAGCAGGCUGAAUCCGCCACUGCAGCAGAACUCCGACUCCGGGAGCAGGCGCUGCAGGACAAAGAGAAGGCCCUCAAGGAACGAGAGGAGAGGCUUGAGAAAAGAGAGCAAGAGCUUUGUGUUCGUGAGCGCCUGUCCAUUGAGAAGCUGGCAAGGGCAGAGAGUUUAAUAAAGAAUCACAACCGUCUGCAGCAGAGGGACCUGGACCUGUUCUAUGGCAAAAAAAUUGAUGUGGAGUCCCCCAGCAAGAGGAAGGUCCACUUUGCAGGUGAAACCAAAGAGAACCAGCAGCCUGAUGGUCAUCGCAGCGAGCUGAUUCUAAGGAGGCUGCAGGUGGCAAAUCUGCGGCCUCAAACACUGAACGAUGUAGAGAAAACCUGUCAGUUCAAAAGCAGACAGAUACUCGGCAUCCGCUGAUCAUACGGCCAUCACUGUCCAACAUUUAACUGAAGGUCAAAGAGUCAUAAUAACUGGAUGUAAAAUAAGCUUUAUUUAUAAAAAAAAAAGUAGUUUCAGAAGCUGAGGCUGUAGAGAUGCAAACAUCUGUCAUUAUUGCAGGCUUUGAAGUUGUUGUGAUUGUAAAUAUACUGUGUGUUCUUGCUAAAAAAAAUAAGUAAUUUUCUUUCAUGUACUGCUUUAAUAUACACUUACCGGACCGAUUUACUGAUGAUUUUAAUUAGUAGGAAUAUUACCGUACUACUCCUGCACCUUGACAUUCACAAUAGGUAUCUUUUUCACAAGAGAAAAGAAAAAUAACAUGCAUAUAUUUAUGUACCAUAUAUGAAUAGUUUAAAAGAAUAUGCAUACUUUCAGAGUUUGGGGUAAUGUUUCAUAUUAAAAAGUUAUUCAAA